CUAACUCUAAAAUGUUUAGUAAUUUAAUCAAAUUAAAUGUCAUUUCAUUUCAAAGCAAACCAUUAAAUGCAUUGAAAUAUAAACAGUGUUUGAAUUGCAUUCAAAUAAGAGAUCAUUCAUUGGAUUCAAGACAUAAAACAAAUGAUUACUUCAUAACUACUCCAAUAUUUUACGUGAAUUCAGUUCCACACAUCGGACACUUGUAUUCAGCAAUCAUUGCCGACACUAUCCAUAGGUAUCACCGAAUAUGUGGCAAAAGUCAGACCAUAUUCUCGACGGGAACCGAUGAAUACGGCAUCAAAAUCCAAAGAGCGGCUCAAUUGAGAGGAAUUGAGACCAAAGUAUUUUGCGACCAAAUAUCACAACAGUUCCGAAGUCUCUUCGAGUCAA